GAUAAAAGCUCAGACGCACUUAGCGCUGAACGGUGUCCGAUCAAGAAACUGUGCGCUACUCUAUGGAGCACAGCGGAGGGGCGGAUCUAAUAGGACACCGGUAUCUUCUCCCUCAGUCCUCAUUCAUUCGCCAAGUCGCUGUCCUGGACUGGACAACUUUUACAGCCCUUCACAGCUUCGAUCCUUUCUUAAUUAAAGGUGUCUAAAUGCGCGCAAGCUGCGGCACAGAUGACUCUCCUGCGCGCCUUAGCUCCUCCAGAUGAGUUGAGAGAUUAAAAAGCACCGAGACCGGAUGGUGCAAACUUCCGACUCGUCCAAACUUCUCGGCUCAGCCCGGUAUGAUCGUUUCAAACGUGAACCUGAGCUGUGCGCACUGUCCCGAGGGAGUGGCCGGCGGCACGGCGGCGACGGACGCGUACGAGGAGGUAUCCGGUUCUCUUCCCCCCCAGUCCCUGAGCCCGACGGGGCACCUGGUGGUGGCGGUGUGCCUCGGCUUCAUCGGCACCUUCGGGUUCCUCAGUAACUUCCUGGUGCUCGCGCUGUUCUGCCGAUACCGGGCUCUGCGCACGCCCAUGAACCUCCUGCUGGUCAGCAUCUCUGCGAGCGACCUUCUGGUCAGCGUGCUGGGCACCCCGUUCAGCUUCGCGGCCAGCACCCAAGGGCGGUGGUUGAUCGGACGCGCUGGAUGCGUUUGGUAUGGAUUCGUAAACGCCUGUUUGGGCAUCGUCUCUCUGAUCUCUCUGGCCGUUCUGUCCUACGAGCGUUACUGCACCAUGAUGGCGCCAAACCUAGCCGAUGGCAGAGACUACCGCCCGGCGCUGGGGGGGAUCUGCUUCUCUUGGCUCUACUCUGUGGCCUGGACCGUACCCCCGCUGCUCGGCUGGAGCAGAUACGGGCCCGAGGGUCCUGGGACCACUUGCUCGGUGGACUGGAAGACCCAGACGCCAAACAAUAUCUCCUACAUCAUCUGCCUGUUCACCUUCUGCCUGGCCCUGCCUUUCGCCGUCAUCCUCUACUCCUACGGCAAGCUGCUGCACGCCAUCAGACAGGUCCGCAGCGUGAGUUCGGUGGUGACCCGUCGCCGUGACCAGCGCGUCCUGGUAAUGGUCGUCACCAUGGUGGUGUGCUACCUGGUCUGCUGGCUGCCCUACGGGGUCGCAGCGCUGCUCUCCACCUUCGGCCCCCGAAACCUCCUGAGCCCCGAGGCGAGCAUCACGCCGUCACUGCUGGCCAAGUUCUCCACCGUCAUCAACCCUUUUAUUUACGUAUUCAUGAACAAACAGUUCCACAGGUGUUUCAGGGCGUUCUUCGGAUGCAGCGCUCCCGAGCGAGGCUCCACCUUAAAGACCUUUUCUCGGGUGACCAAGACUCUCCGCACCGUCCGCCAGGAGAAGGAGCUCCACGUGUCCGCCCCCGCCCCGUCCUCGGCCCUGCCCACGCCCAACUCCAUCCACGAGUCCUCGCAGGGAGCCAAUCACGCGGCUCCAUCCCCGAUGAAUCGAGACCGCGCCGCUCCUCAAACUCCCGCUGCUGUCGGCCCCAAACCCAAACUGAUUCUGGUGGCUCACUACAGGGAAUGAAAACAGAACAUUCAAGGAAAAGAGAAGGAGAAAAUGAGCAGGGGCACAGGUCUCCAAUUAGGAAACAAAUCCUCUUAACAGUAGAAAAGAGUGAGCUCAGCUGGAGUCUUAAAUACAAGCUGGGACUUUGAGUCCCCAGAGCAGGAUAUCGUUGCUCUGCGAGGUCGGCAAACAGGGAAAAACAAGGGACAAACAGUCACCUCCUGCGUACCUGAGGCUCUGUGCUCGGAGCAGACAGAAGAGAUGUGAAGAUUAGGGCUACACAAUGUGCUUUGUGUCACACACUCCUCCCAUCAGGACGCCAUAAUCUUAUUCAUCGCACAAGAGCACAAACGUUGCAUCGAAGCUCACUUACCUCUGCCUAAAGAUUUGCAAAAAGGAUCUCAAGGGACUCAGAUUCACAUCCAGCAGACACGGAUUAGUUUGUCAGGGCGACUGUUUUCUUUCAUUCUGCAGGACGGUUUCUCUUAGUGUGGUUGCUGGUGGAAAGGUUGACUGCAGGGUCAGAACACAGCCUACACAGAGCCACGGUGAAGAGGCUGAGGGUAAAACUGAUGCCUGACUUCAAAAAGUUAUUACUCAUGUGGAAGUCCGGGCUCUUGGGGUUUUUGGGAAUAAAAUCAUUCUUGGUUUUAGAGAACAUGUAUUUGACCAAGAUAGACCAGUAACACUUUCUCCUUAGCAGUUAUAAGCAAUAUAAACGUUUAAUAAAUUGUUUAUAACGCACUGUAAUUGAGUUAUAAGCAGAUGAAAACAAACUGCUCUACGGAAACAUUACACUGUGUCAUAAACUACAAAUAAAUGUUUACGUGCUGCUUAAAACAUGCCAUAUAGAGAGACUUAAAGUUAAUUGUUGCUGAUGCAUUCAGUGUAGCUUUUGGAAAUUAAGUGUUUUUGGAAUUAAACCCUUUAUUUGUGUCAGUUCAGAUAUGUUCAUAUAUAUAUAUAUAUACAUUUUUUUUCGAAAACGUAUUAAUGAAUGUUCAAUGUGUGUCGUCUUUAAACGGGGAAUGUGUUAGCUACAAACCAAGAAUUAACGUGUUUAUUGGGCCGCUCUCCGCACAUUGGCAAUGGAUGUGGAAAUAAGCACAGCUGCACUUUACUGAUUCAGAAGAACCAUGAAGAGGAAGUCAUAAAAUUGCAUUCACUGUGCCCCAGUAAUUCAAUUAUAAAAGAAAAAAAAAAAAAAAAAGACAAAUCCACAUAAGUAGGUCAAGUUUGUAUUGAUGUGUCUUUGUUACAUAAGCAAAACGAUGCUCUUACUUAAUCGGAAAAGUAAUUCAGGAACAUUUUUGGAGAAGCACAGCGUUUGAUAAACUCUUCGGUGAUGUUUUCUCCUUGUAAACGGGACAAUGACAUACUAUUUUCUGAUUACGUGUGCAGGAGGAUUACUCUUUAUUUUCAGUGAUAAUUUGGAGGGGUUAAGCACUUAUUUCAUCACCCCGUUUCCAUGCCUGACGCUUGGGGAUUCGACACAGAUUAUUAAAGAUCUGUAGAGCAAUUUCAAGGUAUUUCGAACUGAGAAGGAUUUUCAUUAUGCCUUUUGUCAUGACCUCGUAGCUUAAAAAAAAAGGAAAAAGAGAGAGACACAGGUUAAGCAUAACAAAUUUAUUUAAGUCAUCGACUAACAAAUUAGAACGAAAUGCAGUUUGGCAAUCAGUAUGUCUGUCAUUGGUUGCAUGAUAGUGUGUGUGUAUUGUUGGAAGGUGUGAAACUAAAGUAACCAGGCCAAUGCAGAAGCGACCUGGCCCGUGACCUGGACAAGAGUGAAGGCUGCGACUGACAGAAUUUAGGAUUAGGGAGACUGGUCAGAUGUUCCCAAAUUAAGAGCUGCCCAUUAACGAACCUGCAGGAAAGCGACAACAAGCAAAGGAGUGGAACACACAGAGCAGGUCCUACAGCAGCAGGCAGCCUUCACACUUUAUUUACACGUGGCUGCAUAUAGACCCCCCUGUCAUCAGGGACUGUUACAAAAGCCAUUAAAGGGACAUUUCCUCAUGUUAUUUGGGACUUACAGUAUAAAGAGAUUUCACUGUUUUGAGUUGUCUAGAUGUUUCUGAAGCAGCUGCUUUUCUUUGUUCAGUGGAAGUGUGGGGUUUGUGUUGUCUCCUAAUGUAUUUUCCUAUGCUUAUGUAACAUAAAUCAAAUCAUGUCACAAACACA